AUGCAGCCAACCCUACUACGACGAUCCGGCGGAUACCUGGGAAACUCAGGGAAGAAUGGUAUCCAGCCGUGGAAGCAGCCUGUGAGCUACGAGACCUUCCGUAGCAAGUACGGACCGCAAUACAAGGCCGCGAUGCACGUCGGUGGCAUGGACAAGCAAUUCUUGGUCCGGGCUGGCUAUCUCGCGGCAGGAUUCGGCGCAUCUGCUGGCGUUUUCCUCAUCUUUUUCUUCGAUGGCCUUCCUCGUCUCCAGAAAGAUGUCCUUGGAAAGAUUCCCUUCCUCAGCCAAUUUUAUAACAAGGAGAUCGCGCCCGAAGACAACCCAUUCUAG